UGGUUGGCGCCGGGAUCCUCCCACAGGCUUCCCGCCGUGCCCCGCGGCCCUUGGUUACCAAGAUGGCGGCGAUCGGGGUGCACCUGGGUGGCACCAGCGGCUGUGUGGCCGUCUGCAAGGAUGGCCGUCCAGAUGUUGUAGCGAAUGACUCUGGUGACCGGGUCACCCCAGCAGUUGUUGCUUACAGAGAAAAUGAGAAGGUUGUCGGCUUGGCGGCAAAACAAGGUAGAAUAAGAAACGCUUCGAACACCGUUGUGAAAGUCAAGCAGAUUCUCGGCAGAUGCUUUGAUGAUCCUCAGGUUCAGAAGCACGUGGCUGAAAGCAAAUGUUCUGUUGUCAAUAAGGAUGGCAGACCCAGAUAUGAGAUUGACACUGGAGAAGAGAUGAAGGUUAUUCCUCCAGAGGAAGUCAUGGAACUGAUUUUUGAGAAUAUGAAAGAAACUGCACAGUCAGCAUUGGCCUCCGAUGUAAAUAAUGUAGUUAUAACAGUCCCACUGGACUUUGCAAACAACCAGAAGAAUGCUCUACGGCAGACGGCCCAGGCCGCUGGAUUCAACGUGUUGCGGAUGAUUCACGAGCCCGCGGCCGCACUCCUUGCGUUUGGAGUCGGGCAGGAGGCACCGUCAGGGAAGAGUAACGUGCUGGUCUACAAACUGGGAGGAUCGUCCCUGUCGGUGGCGGUAGUGGAGGUGAACAGUGGCAUGUACAAAGUGCUUGCCUCACACGCGGAUGACAGCAUCGGAGGAGAGUGCUUCACAGAGGCCUUGGCGCAGUAUCUCGCAUCUGAAUUCCAGAGGUCGUUUAAACACAAUAUAAAGGAGAAUGCGCGCGCCAUGAUGAAGCUCAUAAACAGCGCUGAAGCUGCGAAACACGCCUUGUCCACGUUGGGAAGUGCUAACUGUUUCGUGGAUUCGCUCCAUGAAGGUUUAGACUUCGAAUGUGCUGUGUCCAGGGCACGGUUUGAAUCGCUGUGUGCAACACUGUUCAGUCAAAGUAUCCAACCGAUUGAGAAACUUGUGGAAGAGACAGGACUUUCUAGAAGUGAUAUUUCUAAGGUGGUGCUGUGCGGAGGCUCAGCCCGCAUCCCGCGGCUGCAGCAGAUGAUCCUGGACAUCUUCCCAGACGCUGAGCUGCUCAACUCCAUCCCUCCGGACGAAGUGAUCGCGGUGGGUGCUGCCAUAGAGGCCGCCUUGCUGCUGGGGAGAGAGAACAUCGUGCUGGAGGACGAUGCCCACAUCGUGGAGUGCUCGGCACAAAACAUUCUUGCCAAGGGCAUUGACGAGUGUGGCUUGGACACUUACACUGUGGUCUUCCCUUCUGGUACUCCGCUCCCAGCGAGGAGGCAGCACGCCUUUCAAGCCCCGGGAACGCUGACCUCCGUGUGUCUCGAGCUCUACCAGUCCGGCGGAAAGCGGUGCGAAGCAGGAGGCGACAAAGUGGCCCAGAUUGUCCUCCGAGAUUUGCAACUGAAGGAAAGCAACAAUCAUGAGAUCUUAGCGAUCCUCACCAUGAAACGGGAUGGAUCGCUGCACGUCACUUGUACGGAGCAGGGAGCUGGCUUCUCGGAGGCCGUCACCAUCGAAGUGGCAUUGUAGCCAGUGAUCGAGGGGGCCAGCCCUGCUCUUAGCUCACCGGAGGACAAGCUGCCGAAGGACCCACUUUACUUCAAGCUGCCCCCUCUGGAGUAAGACCUGAACCACACGGAACUUCCGCCCUCGUUCUAACGCCGGACCUGCCUCUGUGACACGUGCAGCGCGCUGUUUAUUACGACCGUCGGUCACAUGUCACUUGAUCCAUCUUUCCUCUCAAUGCGGAGAUGUUGCAGAGGCUGGAAAUCGGAAAUAAAAAAACAAAGACUGUG